GUCUUGACAACUAUAUGUCUAAUGUCGGACGUAGCAAUAAAAAAAAUAAAAGUUUAGAAAAGUAAUUCGCAAGUGAUAUUAGUGUGGAUACUAUAUUUUGGUGACGAUUUAUUUAUUUUAAGUUCGUGUUAAGUGUUUUUUACAUCGAGUUUUAGUGUAGCUUAUUAUUUGUAUACAAAAAAUGAUUAUUGAAAACCCAGACGCUUUUAAAUCUUGGUUGACGUCCAUAUUGGAACCUCUUUGCGAUGCAGACCCCGCCGCCCUCGCCAAGUAUGUUUACGCGCUGGUGAAGAAAGACAAGCCUCUAGAUGAGCUGCGGGACGGCAUGCUGGACCAGCUUGAUGUAUUUCUGCAGCAGGAGACUAGACCCUUUGUUGAGAUGCUGUUCAAAUCUCUGGAAACACAGGACUACUUGAAGCACUCUCCAGUAGAAAAGAAACAGCCUUCUCCACCCCCAGAGCCUACAGAGCCUGAAAAGGAGCCUGAGAAUGAAAAUCAUGUUCCAGCACCACCAUUGCCCCCGGCGGAGAAACCUCCCAUAAGGGCGCGUCUAGACGGCGGCAAUAUGGCGCACCGAGUGGUGGUGCCGCGUUCCAGGCCACACCCCCAGCACGAGCAGACCUUAGUUAAGCUUCUACCUACGGAACUUUUGGAAGAACCAAUGGAACCGCCCAGGAGACGAGAACGAAGGACCGAUUCGCUUCGUGAAAAAGAAGAGCGUCGCAGACGUCGCUCCCGCUCGUGGGAGCGCCGCGCAAGACCGCGGCGGAUGAUAAGGGACGGAGAACAUGAGAGGAGAAGGCCCCCCUCACGUUCGCCAUCACCGCGGGGCCGCUAUCGCAACCGAAGCCCGCCGCUGGUUGCUACGGACAGACAUACAAGCCGCUCUAGAUCGAGAUCCCCCCCAGGACCAAUCCGCGAACGGGAACUAGAGAGGGAAAGAGAAAGGGUGCGGCCGCCGCGCGAGAUCGAAAGAGACAGAAUGUCGCGCGACCGAGAGCACAGGGACAGAAUCUCGCGGUCUAGGGAUAGAGAUCGGUCGCGUGAUCGGUCGCGCGAUCGCUCGAUGUCCCCGCACGGAGAGACGCGCUUGGAUCACACCGAUCCCUUCAAGAGGAGGUGCAGAGAUUUUGAUGUGAAAGGCUACUGCAUGCGCGGCGACCUCUGCGAGUGGGAUCACGGCGUCGACCCCGUCGUUCUAGAAGACGCCACCCUCACCAGAGUUCUGUCUAUACCGCCGCCAGUGCCUGAGUACAACCCGGCCGCACCUGAUAUAUGGGGCGGUGGAGUAGUGGGCGGCUUUGCCCCACCCUCGAUCCCUCACCUACCCCACAUGCCUCACCACUUAGCGCCUCGAGAACUGGUCCCAAUACCGAGGGUUCGCCACGAGCCUCCGAUGGGAGCUACAAUGCCGCCCGCGCCGAGACAUCCCGCACCGAUGAAGAAGAAUUUUGACUACAACCGACUGGGUCCCUCGAGGCCAAUUCUACGUCACAACCCAGUUAACUGUUCGUUGGAAGUUAAGAAGGUACCUCCAGGCCUCAAUGACAUCACACAUCUGAACAACCACUUCUGCAAGUUCGGCAAGAUUGUUAACAUUCAGGUUUGCUACGAAGGCGACCAAGAAGGGGCUCUGAUCACAUUCUCGAACCCGACGGAGGCGAACGUGGCGUACAAGAGCACGGAAGCGGUAUUGAAUAAUCGGUUUAUCAAGGUCUUCUGGCACAAUCCAGAGAAUAAGCAGGAAAACACAGCGCCCGGCGGCCAGCAAGCGCACAAGCCAAUGGACAGGAACGCACACCUAUCGCACAACAAAGUCCUGAUCAACAGGGACAACAUCAAAGCCACCGCCGAAAACAAACAGAACGCCGAGAAGCUAGCCAAAGAAGCAGCAAACGGCCAGGAGCCGCCGGCCAAGGAGCCCGUGAAGAAAAUGGACACCACCAACAAACAAGUGCAGGAGAUGCAUCGCCGCGCGCAGGCCUUGCUACAGACACAGUUGAGGCAGCAGAAACUGCUCAUAGAGCGCCUCGAGACAGGCAACGGCACAGAGCAACAGAAAGCUGCUUUAUUGGAGGCCAUCAACGCUUCGCAGGAGGGCAUCGAAAAGUUGAGGAAAGAGCUGGUCGCUUACAACGGCAUGGCGAGGCAGAUGCAGGACGACACCGUCGCAAGAUCGAUGUCCCGCCUCCACCUCAGCCAGCUGAACGCGAAAAAGCCGAAAACGCCUCAGGAGGCGCAGAAGGAAAUCCUGGACGCUGAAUUGGAUAUUAUAACGAAACAACAGGAGGGCCAAGACGUGACAGAGCUGGCUAAGAAGAUCGUGGAGAUGAGGAAACAGAUGUCGCUGCAGUUCCCAACGCACGUCGGCGUGAGGCGAAUGCACUCCAGGGGCGGUCGUUUCAACUCCGCGAUGCGGUACGUCCGUGGAGGAGUCACUCCGAAGGGAUUCAGCGUCAACCAAUCAGUUGAUCACCGGCCGAAGGCGCUUCUGGUUUCCGGCUUCGAGCCUGAGGAACUUGAGUCGUUGCAGGCACACUUUGCGCAAUUCGGCGAGAUCACCGCCAAGGAGGUGAACCUGUCGGUGCCGGAGCUGGUGGUGCAGUACCGGGUGCGCGCGCACGCUGAGCAAGCACUACUGCGGGCGCGGAACUACAACGACCGGACCCUCUCCAUAACGUGGGUGACGAACAGCAAGGUGCUGAACAACGCGCCCGUUCACAACGGAACCACGAACAACUCGGUGCCCGAGAGCAAGGAGGUACAGCCGCCGCAGGAGAUAACGGAGGACGCACUUCUCCGGUUCGACGAAGAGGAUGAAGACGAAGAAGACCGCUCCUGGAGACGUUGACCUUCGAGACGCGCUGGCGAAGCUGGCGGCGCUACUAUUGCUACAUUACUGCUGCUACUACCAAGACAUACCUUAAGAUUAAAAUAAAUUACGUCAUAAGUACUACGUUUCCUGAAUAUUAUAAUAACGUUAAUUUAUUCGGUAGCAAAAGUAGCGAUAGGUAGUAAAUUGCGGUAUUUAGCACUUAUAUAUAAAAAAGUCUUAAGUCUACUACAGCUAGCGUCAGUUACUUUAUAUGAAUAUGUAAUGCAUACCAAUUUCUAAAUAUUUAAUUACUUAACAAUUAUUGCAGAUACGAUCGUUCUUUGGCAUCUCUCUUGAUAUCGCAGUCAAAGUUCUCUUAACCUUUUUGGAAUCAGAACACUUAAUCGUUGAACCGAAAUUUGUGAUAUAACUUUCUGUUAGCAUUUCGAUAUUUAGUAGCGAAAGUUGAUGUUUCGAUCUACUAUCAAAAGUCAAAAAUCAUUUCCAGAAGUUAGUAUCAGAAAUAUCAGCACCGUUUAGUAAGUAAUCUGAGCCUAUAUCGUUUAAGGCACUUUGACCGCGAUAAUCUGCGAAAUGCAAUUUCUAAUUCGUAUUUGAAAUAUUUUCAGUCUCGGUAAACAUAAUAUAAUACCACUUCAUGCAUUAAUACAUAAGUUAAGGUCGAAAAAUUAAAAGUCAUUAAUUCGUUGAGGAGUUCAAUAUUAAAUGCAUCGUUUUUGAUGUUUGCUGUAUGAAUGUGCGGCAAGUGGCAAAAAUCAAAUUUAACUCUGAAAUUUUAAGAUGUUUUUCAAUAUUUGGAGGUUCGUAGCAAAAGUAGCGAUCGAUAAUUCUAUUAUGAAUAAGUAAUGCCCUCUCAUUAGUAUUUAAAUAUAUAUAAUUAUAUCGCAGUUCAUAUAAAUAUAAACUGUGGCAAGUAAGUUUGCCACGAUAGUAUAAAAAUGUACAUUUUUAAUUUGUUACUUUUGCUACUAAACGUACUAAAAAAGAUUGCUUAUCAUACUACAUACAUUACCACGCCGGAACACGUAAUAAGACGAUAUUCAUUCAACUUCAAAACCUUUGAAUUACGUGCUAUUAACAGUGAAUUAUAAAAUUUGACAAAUAAAUUAGAAUGAUGUUCUUCUAAUUUAUUUUACAUUUUAAUAAUACAGUGUUAAAAGUCAUUAAAAGGAUUUGAAGUUAGUAUAGUAGUAGUAUUUUUAUUCGGCGUACUUAUCACGACAAACUUUAAAUCCUUCUAAUGGCAUGCAUGAAAGGAUUUGAAGUUUGUCGUUAUAAGUAGGCCGAAUAAAAAUACUGCUCGAAAAAAAUAAUAUACAAUUACGCGUACAAUAGUCAUAUCGACCUAUGGAAAUAAUGGAAAGAAACAAUAAUAAUUUUGAGUAGAAUUUCUGACUCGGCAAUAAGUUGUAUCGCUUACCAAGUAUAAAUGCAGGAUUAGUUUUAAUAUACAAAUAAUGAAUAUCAAUAGCAUUAGAGGUCGCGGCUAUAUUUGUAAUCAAAUAUACAUAAUUUACAUUAAAAUUUACAUUCGUAUACACAUUUUGCUGUGUUUGUGUUGUCUAAAUUAGUUUACAUGUUUAGAAAUGCGUCUAAAAUUAUUAAUACCAAAGCAAACUAAACUCGUUUUCGCUAAACCUUGAAAAGUCCUUCGGAUGCCUUAUUUUAUUUCGGUGAUGCGUAAAGAAAAAAACGCUUUACUAACUCUUAGAUGAUGACUAAAGACUUUAGGCGCAAUCUAAAGUUACGAUACCGAUUCUGCUCUGCGUAAUACUUAGGGAACUCCUAAACUGACACAAAAUAUAAAUGCGUUUUUUUUUAUAACCUUAAAUUCGUACGACAUAUGAAAAAUAUAAGUAAGCAAACACAAAAUACCACACCUUAUGGCGAGAAAUGAGCUGCCUAGUCGAUUGCUGAACGGUUGGCCUAGGAAUCCUUUUUGGUUAGGUUUUGCUUAGGCCGAGUCCGUCGUUAGUAAAAACGUGUGCAUGAAGCUAGUUAAUUUAUGAAAAACUAAUUAUCUAGUAAGUUAGGAAACAAAGUCAUGUCAUGAAAGUAAGAGAAAGGGACACCCUGUU